UUUUUUUACCACUUUCGUCAUGUCUGGGAAUUCAGCUGCAGUAAUAAGUAGCCCCAGUACCCGCGUACAAUCCAUGUGGCGCCUGAGAGAGCUGCUGGACAACGGCGGUAUUUUAUUGGACGCACCUUAUCAGCGAGAGGUGGUAUGGCCGACUCCAAAAAUGUCCAUGCUCAUCGAUUCCGUCCUGAAUAACUAUUACAUUCCACCACUCAUAUUCUCUGUACGCAAAAUGAAAGACACUGGAAAAACUGUCAGAAUCUGCAUCGACGGCAAGCAGCGACUCACGUCCAUACGAAGGUUUAUGCAUAACGAAAUAGCGUACAAACCAGCCACCGAGGAAGGAGAAACGUCCAUUCCUCUAUAUUAUAUGCGAGAUAAAGUUCAAAUGGAGGAAAAUUCACGACUAGGUUAUCACAACAAAGUACGGCAUUAUUUGGAUGAGGAGACAUUGCGACGGUUCAACGAUGCUGAAAUUAUUUGUGUGGAAUACACAAAUUUGGAUGAUGAUCAAGAGCUAGAAAUCUUCUCACGUGUGCAGUUGGGUGUAUCUUUAACACCAGCCGAACGGCUAAAUGCAAACGACUCGGCUAUGGCACGAUUUCUGCGAGAAUUAUUACAAGAAUACCGUGAUUUGGGAUUGUUGAUCGCUGGUGAACGAUCCAUUUUAUUUCAGUGUUUAAGUCAACUGGCUUAUUUAGUCAGUGUGCGGCCCGCCGACUUUCAACCCACCGUCCAACAUUUGUCGAAAUGGCUCGCCAAGAAUGGAGAAGGCGCUCAACCCAGUGAAUCACUGAAACGAUCUCUUCGACACACCGUACAAAUCCUCGAGGAGAUUGCUCGUCAUCCGGAUGCGCAAAAGCCCUUGAUGGAAGUGAAUGGCGAACGAGUUCUGUUCAGGCCUAUGGAAUUCCUUGGUUUUGGAUUGUACAUAUCUCAAUGUCGACGAUCACAGACUCUUCCUGAUUACAUUAAUGAUCUCGUCAGCAUGCGCAAAUAUGUGAAAGAACACUUUCCAUCCAACAAAUCAUUCAGUCGAAACACCGUAUCUUACAGAGUUAUUCGUCAAUGGGUGGAGGAUCGAUUGAGCGAAACGGGUGCGAUGCCCGCCAUGGUCCGAUCCGUAUCCACAACACGACCGCGCUCUGUUCCCUUUGGCAGUACGUCUCAUGACAACGUUCAGCCAGCAUUCAUGCAUCAACAAGAACCCAUACCCACUCAGGGGAUCGCACCUGGUCUUCCUAUUUCACUACCAGUGCCUAUGAAUUUUCUGCCCAAAGAAGAACCACGAUCGACAGAUACUUAUACUACGGGAAGCAAACGUCCCUUGAACGGCCUUGAUUCCAGACAGGCGGGAGAUCGACAUCGAAGUCGACCUGUGGCGCGGCGAGGUGGGGCUCGAAUGGGAAGGCCGGUCUCUGUGGCCCGACGUCCUUAGUAAAUACCAAUACUUGUGUAUACUUGCAGACAACAAAAAACAGACGGCAAACCAAGCAGCAAGACGAUAAAAAGAAAAAGAAAAAGAAAACCAAACAUUCUCAACCCGGCGGAACAUGGAUUCGCUGUAUUGUACAUCAUACAAAUUACUUCAUUCCUUUCUACUUCUUCAACUUUGCGAUUACUUAUCAACAUGCGACAUUUAUAUUAUCGCCCAAUGUAGCUCUGUAUAUACCAAUGCUACCUUGCUUAGUCCCAUUUUUAAAAAUAACAAAAAAAAAAAAAAUUCAGGUGCUUUGUUGUCAUGGAUGAAAUAUAUCACGCAAGCGUGUUUUUUAUGGAUCCGGAAAAGAGCAAAAUAUUCCAAAGGCGUACAGCGGUCUUCUGUUCAUUCAAGACAGGUAUUCCUCAAUUUCCACGAGAAAAAGUGAGGGUAAAAUAGGCAGUGGCUUGAGGGCGAUUUGACCACAAUCUUCAUGAAGAAAA